UUGACAUUUUCCACUACAGACUGAGCGCCUGAGUCGACCUUGCGGUCUUGGAUUUGAACGGCGACCAUUAACUUGGUCACACUUGUCGCUUCUUCUUCUCAACAAAGACACACCCCGUCGUAGUGCAACCGGGUCUGGGGAAUAAUACUUGAGAAGACGCGAGCUUUCCCAACGCUCCUCUACGCUUUCGGGGUCUAUUUUUAAAAACGUUACAUCCAUUUAUAGCUCAGGUAAAUAAAUUCGCAAGCCUUUAAUCCGGCUCAUCGGAUUCUCCGAGCCCGACGUUCAUUUCCUUUCUCCCGCCUACGUGUCUGCCCUCCAGGCGUCGGGGCUUUUUAUUUUUCUCCAGGCGGUUCUGGGGCAGAGAUCGGAUCCGAGGAACCUUCUCGCUCCGCGCCUCGAGUCGUCUCCAAGGGUGCCUUUGCGAGGAAAAAGCAUCGGAAAAAAGGACGGCGCCCAUUUUUCCCGCCGUCGGGGAAAAGUUGUGUCCCGUGGAUGUUUUGCAAGGAUCGGCUUAAGCAAUUCAAGGGCCGUCCGUCCUGCAGUUGACUCCUUCCCUUUCUACGUAGCUCCUCAAGCCGUAUCGGGCGGCCGACCGCUCGCUCGCUCGCUCUCAGCAUGGUGGAUUUGUUCGUCGGGCGGAUCCUCGUGAACCUGGAGGGCGCCUUCGUGGACCCCGAGCAAGCUUUGGAGAACAAAAUCGUGGGCUUGUACUUUUCGGCCGCCUGGUGCUCCCUCUGCAGGGACUUCACCCCGACGCUGUGCGAUUUCUACAGCGAAUUGGUGGAUGUCGUCACUCAUCCGGCCCCUUUCCAGAUCGUCUUCAUCUCGUCCGACCGCAGCCGGGAAGAAAUGGCGAGCUUUAUGUACAAGAUGCACCCGGCUUGGCUGGCCUUGCCCUUCCACGACCCCCUUAAGCAUGAAUUGAAGAAGAAAUACAACAUAACAGCCAUCCCCAAACUUGUGAUUGUUAAACAAACUGGAGAAGUAAUUACCGAUAAAGGGAGAAAACAGAUUCGUGAGAGAGGGCUCAACUGCUUUCAAAACUGGCUUGAGGGGGCUGAUAUCUUUCAGAAUUUUUGUACCUGAACCAAAAUAGUAUUUUCAGACUUAAACAAAACAAUAUCUUUGCUAUCUGCAACUAGACUUAGAGGGGAAGUUACGUUCUCCUUUUUUAAUGCUGACUUGCUUAGUUUUAAAUCCUACAUGGUUGGAAUAAUUAGACAUAUCUGAGUCUUCUAUAUUGUUGCUAUUUAUACUUUUAUUACAUAGAAGAGACAAAAGUAGUCUUAAUAUUCAUGAAUUGAUAAAUUUGAUAAUUGGUUUGAAAAUUGCUAAUUUAUUUAAUAUGUCUAUAUUUAGCUCUUUAAAAGAGUGCUAUCUUAAAUCUAUG